AUGAGCCCCAAAUGGGUCUCGACACCAAAACUUACUGACUUACUGACUGACCGUCAGUCGCAGUGUGACUUUGACAAUGAGAGAACGUGACAGAGAGUGCAGAAAUAGAGCAUUUGAUUAGAGAGUAGCUAGGAGUUCAGAGUGAGUGACACAGUGCAGUGAAAAAUGACGAGUUAUUGUUCAGUGUUUAAGGGAGAGGGGGAGAUUAGCACGACACUAUAGCAACUGAGCUAAUGGGCCUCGCAGUGAGUGAUUCAAUUUUUAGACUUCCCAGAGAACACACGCAAAGAAGAGCAACAGUCGUAAUAUCAGAAAGCAACAUAUUAGGUGUCUUCUAUUCAGUAGGACAGAAUUGUCUGGUUGAAUUGAAACUCUAAACUAUAAUACAAGAGUGGUGCGGCUGGUGUGUCAGUGGUGGGACCAUCCUGUCUGCAUACGGACUAGUAAGCAAGCAAAAUGACGGAGUCGACAGUGUGUGAAACAUGCUGGAAGGCAAUCAUGGAGUCUUUUGAGAAGAACCACAAAGAUUUAAAUGCAAAGAAUCCUGACUGCCAGGAAGAAAUAGAACUACUGAAUAGUGGCCUAGAAACAAUAUGGCAGCUUAUCCAUACAUCACCCUCUGUAAAUGGAAACAGAGCAGUAUGGAAAGAAUUAAUCACAAAAUCCAAAGCUGAGAGGACAGUGCUUUAUAAUCACCUCGAUCGAAAGGCGCUCUUUACAGCCAUUCUGCGCAUGUACGCUGCCAUACACAGGGAAACGUGAGACUCGCUACUCCCAGAACAAACGGAAUCACCUGAGGAAUUUCACGAACAAAGGAGACACAGGCGAAACUCCUCAGAGGAAUAGGUGAAAAGACCGAAGCUGACAUGUGGACCGCGGGAUCCUAGGAUACGAUCCCAAGGUGAGGUACUGACAAAAAAAAUCUGAGGACAUCAGGAAUGGAUGUUGUGGAGGAGACAGCCAGACAGAGAAAAGCGGCAGCCAUCGUGCAUCAAGGCAAGUAGGCCGCCUCCCAUUGUGCUAACCUCUAUGACUAACCUGAUACAGUUGCAGAGGAAAAACAAAGACAUUGUCACGGGCAGUUUUCAGUUCUGCAACACCAGGAACAGGAUCAGAAUUGUCAAAAAAUAACUGACAGGCUUUUCAGCCAUAAAAAAAUUCCUAGAGGGUAACAACCUUUCAUAUUCUUUGUAUUACCCGAAAUAGAAAAAUCCAUCAAAGCGGUCAUCCGUCACCUCCCACAAAAUACUCCAGCAGAGGAUAUCUGUGAUGGAAUGGUGAGUCCAUGUCAUUAGCAUCAAAAAAAUGUCAACCAGUUGUCUGACACCUCCAGAAGGAACAAGUACCAUCAACCUUUCCUUGUUCCUUAUCACACAACCCAGAACGUAGAAGUCCCAAGAACUUCCGAUUGACCAACCUCUGCCACAUUGCCAUCAGGGUAGAGGCGUACAAAGCACAAAACGGGCUUACACAGUGCUACAGCUGUCAGCAGUUCGGCCAUGUUUGGGCAAACUGCAAGCAACCUCUAUGUUGUUUGUGGUGCGGAGGUGGCCACCUACAGAAGGAGUGCCCAGAAAAGGGAAACUCUGCCUCCACUCCAAUAUGCUGCAACUGCUGGUUGGCAGAGGGAGAAAAACCACAUCCCGCCAAUUAUCGGGGUCGCAGACAUGCCAAGGAGGAGCAGCAGAAAAGGAAGGGGCAGAGAGCGCCCAAGACUACCACGAGGAGGGUGUUCUCCUCAAACAUCGUCACCCCAGGUGUCUCCUUUGUGAUGACACUCCAAGGCAGCGCAGUACAGCAGCAAAAGCACCCUCAGGAAAACCAUGUUCCAGUGGUUUGUCCAACCACAGCAAGAAAGCAGAUUGUACUGGCUCCUGCACUGCAGAAACAGGUGCAGUUGUAUGAUGACAAGAGGAAAGAAGGAAAAUCUCUAUAGCCCUCGAUCACGGAAACCAAUUCAUUUUUACAAGAUGGAUACAAGUGAUGCGGCCCAAAGCAGUAGUCACCAGAGGCACCAGAAUGUGAAAUAUGGAAGGGAGCAAGAAGUACCGCUAGAAGAACCUCCAGAGUGCAGAAACAAUGGUGAUAAUGGAAAUAUCCAGAAAGUUGUGAUUAAGGAUGUUUCAGAUACAGAAUCAGAACAGGAAUAUCACACUGUUCAAGAAUGUGCACAAAGCUCUUCAAAAUAUGUAUUUAGAAAAGAGGAACCACGAAAGGCUGGGAUACAUGCAUACAUUAUGUAUAAAUGGACCAUAUUAUUAUCAUGCACUGUAGUCAUAGUGGGAAUCUGUGUGUACUUGUAUAAUUCAUGUGGUGCACAGGAGUAUGCAGAAGAGUAUAAUUCAUGUGGUGCACAGGAGUAUGCAGAAAAACAUUUAAGAAUGGAUAUACAACAUAUUCAUAAUCAGUUUCCAUCACAACUGAACACCACGUGGAUAGCAUUUUUAGCUGGUAUCAAAGACGUACAACGAACACCUGCAAAGCCAUCCGUAUUUGUGCUGCUUUAUGAGACCGAAGGAGAGACACCAGCUUGCCUUGCAUGGAAGAUUGGUAACAUAUCUGCUCACUUCCUCAGUGCUAAAAACAAAAAUCCUAUUGUCUUAGAUGGAGCAAACCUUGAGAAAAAUCAGACACUUGGUGAAGACUAUGGGAUACUGAUGGAGGAAUAUCGCCCCAUGGUAGAAGAGCGGCGCACAAUGAUAGUAAAAGAUCUCCAUAAGGUAUCUGCUAAUGUGGCCCAAUCUUUCUAUUGUUUCUGUGACACUGUGACACCUCUUGUAGAUAAGGCUGUUUUUUUAUUUACUAUGAAAGCUUCAGGAGUUAUCCAUGCUCAGGACAACCCCACCAGCUUGGCAGUGAAGGAAUUACGGAAGUUGUGGAAUGGUCAGAUAGAUAGAGAUCAAUUAAUGCCUCUAAUUGUGCGAAUCACAGAUAGUGUCUUGGUAAUAAUGCCUGAAAAGCAUCAUAUGUCAUGUCCAGAAGGAGCUAUAGUUCCAGAAAGAGAACAUCUUUAAAGUCAUUACAGUAUUGUUGUACAUGUGUUCCAUUCAGCAUUAAAGUGGGAAUUAAGAUUUCCAUAUUUUGCCUUGGUAGAUAUUUAAAAAAAAAAUUUCUUAAUAUGGCUGUGGUUAAAUAAUGAUGUCUGGUAAGAUAUCUGAAAAUUAUGUAAUAAAGUUACAUGUUGUCAAUUUUCUGCUCUUCUAGAAAGCAUUUUUUAUAAUUUGUUAUAAUGUUUAAAGUUGAGAUAUUAUAUGCUUUUUGUGAAUAUCUGUAAUUAAUAUUAUAACAGUGAUUCUUUGUGCUUAUUCCCUUUAGCCCUGCUGCAGAAGGAGUAGUCUAUUUGAGGCAAAAAAAAUUGAGAAUCACUGGAUACAUCUUUUAGCUUCAUUGUGAUUUUAUUUGCACAUAGUGGGCUAAUGCUCUUUAAGAAAAAUAAAAUGUGGCAUUAGUACUUACAUAAUAAUUUUCAUCCUGGACACAUUUCUAGUGAAAUUCGUAAUGUUAAGUAUGGAAUUGAUAUAUUGGAUGAAUUUAAGUUUAAUUAUGAUCUUCUGGGUUGUAGGCCUUGGAGUUCUCUGCUUGGCUUACUCUUCGACCCUUAAGAUGGUGAUAUGUUCCUCUAAAUUGUGAGGUUGUCUCCAGACUACAUGGUGUUACAACCCAGAAGAUUGUACUCUUCAGUUUGUUUAAGUUAAUUUAGUUUUAAGUAAUACCUGCUGUUACAGUUGUUACAGUUAUGGCCAUAACUGAACUGGGACUGUACUUUCGUGAUGUAAAUAAAUAUUCUAACAUAUUUUUAAUUUUUCAUUAUACUGAGUAAACUAGAUAAUAUGAUUUUCAUGCAGUAUUUUGUUUUUUAAAUUGAAGAUACACAUAUUGAGUUCAUGGUACAAAAUAAUUUAUAUUGUAAAUAUCAAAAACAAAAUAAAAAUGGUAUUCCAAACAGG